AUGGCCGCGACAGACUCGCUGGUGGACGGCAGCGACAUCUCGCCGUCCGUCUCGGCGCCCAAGGAGCGGCACUCGCUGACGCUGGACCAGCGCCGCGCCCUCCGCCGCUGGGCCAACACGCAGACGAUCCGCCCGUCGCACAAGGCCUGCAUCGAGUGGUUCUUCAGCCAGUACGGCCAGCAGAUCAGCCAGUCCACCGUCUCGCACUCGCUGUCGCCCAAGUACUCGCGCCUCGACGGCGACAACCCGCAGCUGUCGGGCUCGCGCCUGCGCUUUGGCAACUGGCCCGACGUCGAGAAGCUGGUGCUGCUGUGGUACCAGCAGGUCCAGGCCGCCGGCCGCCAGCCCACCAACGAGGAGCUGGGCGAGAAGGCCAAGAGCAUCUUCAGCCAGCUGCCGCGCUACAAGGAGGAGAGCCCGCCCGAGUUCUCGCCGGGAUGGAUUCACCGCUUCAAGAAGCGCUACGGCCUGCUGAUCCGUCGCCAGCGGCGCCACGGCGACGGCGGCAUCAACCCGGCCGACGACAUUGACUACCUGGCCGACUGCGUGCCGCGCUUCAUGGCCAUUGCCAGCGACACGAGCCCCGCCGCCAUCCGUGAGCAGGUAUUGCGCGUGGUGGGCGUCGAGUCCAGCCUCAACACCUGCGCCCUGGUCCGCGACGAGAUCAUCCGCCGCCUGGCCAAUGCGCACGCCGCUCCGCUCCCGUCUCUGACCCCCGUCGAGCCCACCCUCGCCCAGCCUCAGCCCGACCAGCAGCCGCUCUAUGGCGAGGACGACCCCGAGGUGGUGCUGCAGAACGCCCUCCGACAGCUUCAGCAGGAAGAGCAAGCUGCCGAGGAGCAGGCCGCUGCUGUGCGGGAAGAGCGUGAGCGUGCUGAGAGAGCCGCUGGGCUUCAGCAGCAGCAGGCCAUGGUCUCGACGCCGAAUGCUCGCGCCCCGUCAGACACUCGCUACACCACGCCGGGUCAAGACAUGGCUCCUGAUCUAACUCUAACGCCAAUUCACUCUGAAGUGCCCAUUGCUACCCAUGAUAGACCGCUGCGAUGUCCAUUCUGCGUCAACCAGCGAAUGCUGCGCUCGAUCAAGGAGGCGGUGGAGCACAUGUCGACGCAUGUCGUGGUAUAA